AUGCGCCAGCUCGCGAGUGUCCUCGUCCUCUCCGGUCGUUCCUACGUCACAUCCGCUCUCGGCGCGUCGCCUGCGCCAAACGUCUCACGCGCUGCCGCCGCUGCUGCUACGCGCCCAAACCUGACCAACCAUCAUCUGGUUCCCCCCUCUUCCGCCAAUUUCACCUUCGCCUGCCUGCGUGGCAUCGCCACCAGCUCUCCCACCGCGCGUCCGCCGGGCGCGACGGUGCGCGCGUCGAUGGAGAACGUGGAGACGAUGACCAUGUCUGACGCGGAGAUCCGCGCGCUCGGCGCCAAGAAGCGCCCCCCCGGAGAGCACCCUGGCGCACCGCUGCACCAGCAGGGCCGGCUGAGUGGCUGGUUCAAGCCCGAGCUCAGGGCCCUGUACCCGCUGUUCGCCAUGCUUACUUUAGGGCUGGGCCUGGCCGUGUGGAACAUGGCUCGCGAGCUGUACAAGAACCCCGCGGUGAUGGUGAACAAAAACCGCCGCCAGCACAUGCUGUUCGAAAUCGAUGAUCCGCAGACAAUUGUGAAGGAGUCGGAAAAGUACCACAAUGACAACGCGUUGAAGAAACUGGCUUUCAAGGAAGGAGGUGUUGUCGGCUUUACCAAGCGAGCUUCCUUUGAGCCACCUCAUCUUCCAGGCGAUGACACUCCUGUGAUUGGGCGUGCCCAGGGCUCGGUCAGUACUAGUUCCAAGUCUUAG